CCAUCAUUCCAAAGUCGACAAUGUUUAUAUCUUAAAGCCCUUAGUUUGAUUCCGUGUGAAUAAUAAUUUGUACUAUUCGAAUUAACUUCCAUUAUUACGUACUGUUAAUGUACUCCACCGUAGUAUCCCGCUGACACAUUAAUAGACCGAGGUGAUACGUAUUAAGUUAGCAACCUUCCAAUCGAACACACCACCUAGGAUACCGUCAACGCUCAUUGACGCAAAGCAACAUGUGGCUCGCAACCUGUGCUCAUCGAUCGCAGGCGUCAAUGGACGUGGCCACAUCACAACUAAGACAUACAGAAGACGAGGUGAUGUAAGGUUAUGGAGGGAAGAAAAUCGGCGCCCAAUACUGCUCAGAUGAUCAGGAAGGUCAUAUUGGCGAUGGCUGAACUCGAUCAGAGUAAACGACCAUGGGCCGCCAUGAUGAUCAUCGCCUCCUGGUUCGUCCUCUCCUUUGUCCAAGACGCAUGCUUAUACUAUUUGAUGCAAACAUCGGGACAUCUGGCUGGAUCAAACAAUCACCUGUAUCUACCCGUUGUCCUCUCGCUUGUAGAGAUAGUUCUGUGUGUUGCUUCACUAAAACUGGAAUACCAACAAAAGGAGAAUUCUUACUUAGAAACAAUAUGUGUUAUCGUUUUGACUCAUCUCUCGGGCGUAUUUCUUGCAAAUAUUUGGUUUCAAGUUCCUGAUCUUCAAUUGGGCAUCGCGGGCGGACUGAUUGAACCGAUAACAGCUCUGGUACUAAUCUAUAUAUGCACCGGGCACUCUGGAAACUCUGUGAGGGCCGUAAGCUUGUGUAUCAUUUCUUUUGGGAUGAUCACUUUCACAAUGAGUACAUCCACUUUGAUCAAAACGGACAGAACAGUCCUCAUCAAAAUUCUCUUUGGGGUGUUUGUCAUACUAAGAAAUAUAAGUGUCAACUAUUUGCACGAAGAAAAAGUCCACAUUGUGCCAAGAACAAACACAACAUUAUCAGGUAUCGUUGGAGGGAUGUCUGUUGUUGUUGUUGGACUUUCAUUGUACCUGGAUUACGUUUGGCUACUUCCUCUUGCGUUAGCAACUAUUACGUGUGUCCUACACGCAUGCGUAACCUAUAUGACAUGCGCACUCCUUCUUGAGAAGUACAGCAUUACAACAGUGUGUGUCCUUAGCGCAGUACUGCAGUUCACAGAGGCACAGGUCCCAUUGACGUCAACGCGGCCGCCAUUUGUCAUAGCGAUUCUGGCGCUUGUGCUGUUGUGUGGUGGAGUUUAUGCCUACACACAGGAAACGGUUGGCACUGGACACACCUUUCAGAGUCGUAUGAGUGUGUCUACGAAUGAGAUGUUCACUCGGAUACAGUUCCUCCUCUUCUCUGCAAGUAUAAUCGGGGUUGUGUUCUACGGUCUUCAGCCGCGCGUGAGUCAGCGAGAUCUCCAAACCCUAAGCAGUGUCGGCUUGGACAAGUUGAUCCGUCGGCUACUCAGCAUUGACAUGCCAGAGGAACAUGAACACUGAUUGCAUCACUGAACAAACUCUGGGUGGUCAUACAAACUGGAGUGGUCGCUUUAGGGGCUUUUUGUAUAUACGGCACUACAACGCAUAUCAUUGAUGCAGGUGCUAUUUGUUACUUUAUCUGGUUCACCACAUGGUUUAUAGAGGGAGAUGCUUAACAGGCUGGUGCCUAUUUCCAGUUUAGGUCUAUACUUUUAAUCCUCCCAUGUUUGAAACUGAGACAACAUCUCUGUGUGAUUUGGGCCUUUAUUAAUUCCAGGUUUGAUAAAAAAAAAGCAAUCUGAUUAAGUACCAAAACAAGGAUACAUUGAUGAUAAAAGUUACAAUGCCUAGAAUGACUGUUACGCACCUGGGGCCGACUGGUAGAAUUUGAAAGCGGAAACGAUUUCCAACUGGUAGUGAUAUAACAUAAAUAUGAUGCACUAUGGGAAUAUUGUAUGGGAAAUGUUGUAUAUGUUGAUCAACGUCAAAUCUGUUCAGAAUGUGGAAUAUUAUUAACAAACGUGUCCUACUUUAAAAAACAAAGCAAACAAGUUAUCCACAAUGACUCCCGUGAGUGAGUCGUGUAAAGUUCCUUUAUUUCAGACAACCCACUGCAAAGCGCUAUAUUUCGGGCGCCAGUAAUUCUGGCACAGUUUGGGGUUUCAUAAGAGACAUUGCCGAAACCAGCUCUAUAUUUGUCAUCCGGCAGUUGAAGAGCUUUCGUGUUACAUUAAUAUACAAAGAACAGUUCUCCAUCUUGAAUUCUCUAACUUCAUUGAGUACACUGAUACCACAACAGAUGGCUCUAUGUACAACGUAUAUGCCUGCAUAUUUUGUUUUGACGUCGCAUAGGUUUAUCCUUGGUUACCAACCAGACCAGACACCACAAGAGUUUUGACACAGUGAUUUAUUUCAGUUUGGUUUAGAACAUUGUUGCUUUUUGGAUGUUUUGUAUCCUUACACAACAGUUUUCUUAAUAUUUCUUCAUCCUGUGUUGCCUUCCUGCUACAUAAUCCUAUUUUUAUUACCCAAGCCGACUCAGUAUUUUGCAGGGCUAACUUCCGAGUGAGUGAGUGUUCGCAAGAUGUGUGUGGCAUACAACUCAAGCAGGAACGUCUAGGUAUUACAUGCUAGAGGGAAACUAUGACCAAGGUGUGAACGGAUUUACCAAUUCCAAAGUUUUACCAGAGAAUUGUGUCCUGUUUUCUACGGGUUUUUUAGGCUAAUCUUGCAUGGGGGAAAGGUGGGGAAAGUUUGGCCAGCUACACUGGAAUCCCUACAGAGAACGUUUUUUACAGGAAGUCGCUUAUCACACGUGUAUCAACUAAAACAAAUUACACAUUAAAAAGGGAUUAUUGACUUAGUCUGGAAAAUAAGCUUAGAGGUAUGGAGUGUGUUCAAAGAUCGAAGUUGAGUGGACGUGGAGGGUUAUACCCAAAUUUGCAAAAAUCGACUUAUGUGGACCUAACUAUUCGUUUGCUUUUUUUCAAUAUUAGGUUGAACUGGUGCAUUUUGUGUAUAGCUGCAUCGAGCCAUGCCGUGGAAUCAGUAAUAUUGUUGGGUUGCCUUGUACGUCUGGUUAAUAUUCUUAUUUUGGGAUAUAAAUAUAUAUGUACACUA